UUACAUGUUGUAAGUCCGAUGAUGUCAGUUUGAGGAAAAAAAAAAAAAGAGUAACUUGCUCCCAACAGUUCUCGUCAUGAUUUCAAUGCGAACGCGCCGUUUUUUAUUGUUUACAUUCUGAUACAUUAUUUUUUUUAUUGGAUAUCUCCAGCUGAAUUGCACGCACGCACUUAAUGCUUUUACAUCUUCUUAACGAGAGAACUUGUAACCCUUCCGAGAUAUAAGUAUGUCAAAAGAAACGGUAAUCAAAAAACCUCAGGUGGGCCACACAGGCCCGUUACCUGUGCCGAUCAUCAGGGCUUUACCGCCGCAGAUAACGAAACUGAUGAAAGAGGAAGAUGAGGAGACCUGGAUAUCUGGAGAAGAGCUGUGCACCGAGGGUAGCAGCGACGACGAGGAUACCUGCAGAUACAAGAAAAACGACCAGUCGUCUUCUUCGAAACCUCGUUAUCCGCCAACAAACAUCAAAACACAGGAGGAAUCUUGUCCUCGGGUUGAAUGUGUUGAAUCGAGUUCGAAGGGCGAGUCAUCGGUGAGAGACCACCAGGAAGCGAGCGAUGACGAUGACCGUGAUGAUAAGAUCUCGUGGAAAGCCAACAGAGAUUUGUGGAUUUUUAUCGAUUCAAAAAGGAGUCAUGAAAAAUUAUGGUUGAGUUUUUUAAACUUUACAGAUGAAUCAUUAGGAGGUAGAGUUUCAGCCCUGCAAGGGUAUAAACGAAGAUGCGAAGAGACGGAUCAGUGGGUGACGGAAAUUUAUAAGGAUUUUUUGAAAAGUUUUAAGCAUUUCGAAAACGCGGAGAGUGAUUUGAUCGUGAGAAGGAGUGAAAGUCUCAUAGAUGAAAUGAGAAGGAAUGUAAAUUUUUUUGACUCCAAGAUACAAGAGUUGCACAGUCGCGUAGAGAUAAUUAAAGAAGAAACAAUGUUAAUUCAAAGAGAAAAUCGAAUAAGGCUGAGAGAAGUUGUGAGAAAAGAUCCUAUAGAAUCGAACAGCAUAGCCCAAAAUACGAAAAGUUUUAUGGAUUUGUGUGUUGAUGCGUGA